AUGAAAUUAUUUUUGAUUAGUAUAAUUGGCAUUUUCAGUUUGCUCAUUUCACAAGAAUAUGGUUAUACAGUUGAUAUCAAUCUGAAUGAUGCAAAACAAAAACAACAUUUAAUAACCAAACUUAAUUCAUUGAAUCAAUAUUUACAGUCAAGGGGGAUUAACAAACAAUUCACCGAAGACGAAUUCUACAAAAUCAUAUACGAUAGAUUAAACAAGCAUAUUGAAGACGAAAAAAGCGAUGUCCGCAUAAUUGAAAAAGAAGUCUCCAAACGUCCAGUGCAAAAGCAUGUAGAUAAUGAGACAUCAGACAGUGUGCAUGAUAAACAACCUAUUCAGAAAGAAGUCUCCAAACGUCCAGUGCAAAAGCAUGUAGAUAAUGAGACAUCAGACAGUGUGCAUGAUAAACAACCUAUUCAGAAAGAAGUCUCCAAACGUCCAGUGCAAAAGCAUGUAGAUAAUGAGACAUCAGACAGAGUUCAUUCCAUAUCAGAUAUUUUCUUCUUCAAUAAGCCGUGGAUUCCUUUAUGGAUUGUAAACCCCCUAUACUACAUAGCCGAGAAGUUCGUACAACUUAUGGCAUUUUUACUAGAAGACGAUAAUAUUAGAGAACUCCAAAUGCCAGCAUACUAUUACGAUACAUCAAUAUGAGAGUGAAUUUAUUGCAGUAUAGUUAAUUCAACACGUAACUAAAAACUUAAAUAAUUGGUAUAACAUAAUUUUAGUUUUAACCUUUGCAUAAAAUUAU